GGAGGGGAAGCGGACCUAGCUCAAGUUCCCUGGGUGGAAGGCGGCGCCCUGCGCGGGAGGAAGGAAGCCCCGGAGCUGAUUAAGUAGCUGUGGACCCGAGCAAAUCCCUGAGAUAUCAUCAGAAAUGUCUUCUUUAAGUGGGAAAGCACAGACAGUUCUGGGCAUUGUAGAACCCAGCCUACUGGGGCGCACUCUGACCCAUGAGCAUCUGACAAUGACCUUUGACAAUUUCUACUGCCCGCCUCCUCCAUGCUACGAAGCUACGUCCAAGCAACCGAUCGUGAUGAAAAAUUUAUUUUGGAUUCAGAAAAAUCCCUAUUCCCAUCGAGAGAACCUUCAGUUGAAUCAGGAGGUAGAAGCUAUAAGAGAAGAACUGUUGUAUUUCAAGGCUAAGGGGGGAGGGACCUUGGUGGAGAACACGACCACCGGGCUCAGCAGGGACGUGCAUACCCUGAAGUGGCUGGCAGAGCAGACAGGAGUCCACAUCGUAGCUGGAGCUGGGUUUUACGUUGAUGCAACUCACUCUUCAGCGACCAGAGCCAUGUCAGUGGAGCAGCUUACAGAUGUCCUUAUGAAUGAAAUUCUCCACGGAGCUGAUGGCACCAGUAUCAAGUGUGGAGUCAUCGGAGAAAUUGGCUGCUCCUGGCCUUUGACUGACAGUGAAAGAAGGGUGCUUCAGGCUACGGCUCACGCCCAGGCUCAGCUUGGCUGUCCCGUCAUCAUCCAUCCUGGACGGAACCCAGGGGCGCCGUUCCAAAUCAUCCGCAUACUGCAAGAAGCAGGGGCGGACAUCUCCAAAACAGUCAUGUCCCACCUUGACAGGACUAUAUUUGGUAAGAAAGAGCUGCUGGAAUUUGCUCAACUUGGCUGUUACUUGGAAUAUGACCUCUUUGGUACAGAGCUCCUUAAUUACCAGCUAAGCCCAGAUAUUGAUAUGCCUGAUGAUAACAAAAGAAUUAAAAGGGUCCAUUUUCUAGUGGAUGAGGGCUAUGAAGAUCGGAUCGUCAUGGCACAUGACAUACACACAAAGCAUCGACUGAUGAAGUACGGAGGUCACGGCUACUCACACAUCCUCACCAACAUCGUUCCUAAGAUGCUCCUUAGAGGACUGACUGAGCGAGUACUUGAUAAGAUACUCAUAGAAAACCCUAAACAAUGGCUGACUUUUAAAUAGGAUGGCUGUUCAUGAGUCCAGACCUAGAGGAUAAAAUUAGCAGAGAAUAAUCGGUGAUUUCAAAUCUACAGGAGACAUUAAUCCAAUCUACACAGAACUGGGGAUGACGUAUCACUUCCCUCCUAUGAGAAACUGGAUAACUACCACAGGGAAACCUCUUGUCUCUUGUUGGGGCUACUGGGCUCAAGGGAGUCCCAUUGUUUUUCCUUAAUAAAACAAACAUGGAAGAGCAUGUUUCCAAACAAAAGUUUAAAGCUGUAUCCCCUAAGAGUCAUUUUGGAUGUCUUCCCGAACCCUGACUCUAUGAUCUGCAGUACUUGAGAAAAAUGAAAGUGUUUCUAGCUAAGUUGCCCCCUCCUGGAGCAAUCUAAUGUUUCUUGUAAUAUUGAUGAUCCUACUAAUUAUCCUGCUGUUCUUUAAUUAAUGCUUAAUGAUUAAUAUGGCAUUUUAAAACCACUUUUGCAACAAGGAAAGCUAAAUUUUGAGACAUUUUUUUCCCAAAGGAGACUGCAAUAAAAUUACCAAUUCACAACAAUAAAAAUAUUUUGGAAGGUUAACUAUGUGUUUUCUGCCUAUUUAUGUAAACAUAAUAA